AUGAAGGACUGGGCAGUUAUCUGCGCUGGCUUCGCCUGUGAAGGCUGCAGAUUGGGGUGUGUUUCCGCACCAAGACACCGCCCACGACGCAGGUACAGACUGCAGGCUGUUGCUCACUUCGUGCUGGCCCACAUGACGUCCCAUCCCAAUCCGCUAGAACUUUACAAAAAGCUGCAAGCGGCAUUUCUGUUGCACCUUGUGGAGAAACAAGUCCACCUGUUGUCUCCUGAGACUGCAUCUCCGGAACGCCUUCGUGUGGCCAUGGAGAUGUUGCGGAAGACUACAAGCAAAGUGGGGAAACUUCACCGAGAUUUUCCGCCAUCGAUUUCAACAGCAGAUUUGACCACACGGUGCACGAAGAUACGGCAAACCUUGGAUGCCCUCUUUCGUGCCCGUGGGGAGCAGAAGGCCUUGCAGUACAAGUUCAACAGCUUGGCUCAUGUGUUUGCGACGAAUGUAUUUUUCACAGUUGACGUGGACGACCUUGGUGCCAGCCUAUUGAUGCCUGCUAGUACAGAUGCCAGAGCCCGGGCCACCAAGAACUUGGAAGGAUUUCAGCUUUUUGGACGUGACCGAUGCUUGGCACAAAUGGAGUCCGGUGUUCACAUCGGAAAAUCAGGUCCAUGCUUUGAGAGCGUCUUCCAGUGGUUGCAGGAGCUGCAGUGGCAGCAAGACACCAUGAAGAUGCAAGUUGGAUUAGUCUUGGUGGAGAAAGUCUUCUUGGAGCACGCGCAGCAGCUGGAAGAAGAUUGGUCAGAAUACAACCUGUUCAAAAUGGAAGACUUGAUCGACGAAUACUGCCGUAUCUGCGAGCACUUCCGGAGUUGUGCUCAGUGGAAAGUGGAGCUGCGCAGUCGAGAAGUCUUGGUGGUGUGGAUUGGGUUUUGCCUCGCAAUGCGGGCAGCAGAGCUUGAACAUGGCUUGGUCCGAGACUAUGGCCCGGGUCUUCGGCCUGAUCAUUUGCGACGCUUGCUGCUGUCGAAGGUUGAAGAGAUCGAUGCCUUGAAAGCAGUGGAUCGAUUUUUGAAAAGCCGCAGCCGUGGAUCGGGCCUGUUCAACUUGUUAGAUCAGGAACCAACGUUUCAAUUCGCUUCCGAGUUUGGAGCUCAAAGUCCGCGUAUCCGGGGCGUCCUUGGUGUCGAGCGGGGUGCUGAAGAAAUCAGGAUGACCGGGCAUUGGGACCAGGUACAGAAGCAACAGGAAGAAGCGAGGAACUUGAGAAAAGUCAUCGCAGGCCUUCAGCAAGAACUGAACAUCAAGGCGCCUCAAUUGGAGCAGGUACGCGAUGUGGAAAGGCAAAGGCAGUCUGCCUCAAACGAUGUUCAAAGCAUUCGCAAGGAGCUUAAACAGUUGCGGGUAUCAAGAUCCCUUUUUUUUCAGAGGGAAAGGGAUCUUGAAAGCCAGCAAGCUCAACGGAACCAGGAUAUUUCCAGCUGUGACAACAUCCUUCAUGGAUUGCCAAGGAGGCAGACACUGGAACAAGAGAUUGCAACCCUUCAGAACAGAUUACGUCAAGCGCAAGCUGACCUGAAGAGGGCAGAAGAACCACCACCAGCAGUGAUCCAAUCACUUCCAGAAGAUAAUGAUUUGGCCAACAGCACCCUGUUCUUCCUCUACAAGCCUGACUUGCUGAGGUGGGAUGUGAGGAAGCUGAUUGAAGUCCAAGACUUCAGAACCUGCUGGGCUGACCAUUUCAACAUGCAGAAGGAAUACUACAACCCACCUGGCAAACCUGGCACCGUCAAUGUCCUGGUCAAGUUGCUCAGCCGUGGACAGGCCCCAGGCUCCCGUAGCGAUGUGGCUGGAUCUCAUAUCGACAGCUUGACAGAUCGAAGGCACGGUGUCUGGUGGCCUGACGAUCUGCACCGUGAGUUCGCUUGCAAGUCAGAUGGACGCUUGAUCGACCGUGGCGGGUUCUUCAAUCCAUUUCGGCAACUACCAGACAGCGUCCUUACGGAACACUGGACAGAGCGGAUGCCGCGCAAUGGAAUGGAUUUGCAAUGGACUAUGAAGCUUGGUGAUGAGAUCCUCAACAUCCGGGGUAAUCAACCGCUUGCUUCUCAAUCAAACAAACCCAAAUGGUUGAGGAAGCACGAGUACUUGGCCUUGUGUGGUUUGCGAGCCUUCCCACACCAGCAGCUACGGAAACUUCUGAUAGCCCUGCAAGAAUCAUCGCUGCCUUUGAUACAUGCACCUGUACACCAUCUUCUACGACAGCUGCUGCAUCACGUUGGUCCCACUGACCCUGACAGUGGGCUGCACUGGAAACGUGACAUUGCACAUUUGAUGGACGAAUUCAAGAAGGUCCUGCUGUCAUUGGCAGACGAGGUUUCGGCCAAACCACGUGCUCACCAAGCAAUGCCCGCUCUUGCAGAUCUCUGCAACUACUUCAUCCAAUGGGCGCCAUGUGAUCGUUUGGCAGCUUUGUCUCUGGUUUCUGGAUGUCGCCAGUUGUCUGAGAUUUCUCUGUGCUGGGCAAGGGAUAUUUUGUCUCAAAUGCAAGGCCUUGUAACGGAUCGCCAGGAUGCCUUGAUUGCCAAGGUGAAGCUCUUUGGUCUUUAUGCGGCCCUUUGCACCCCGGCAUUUGCUCUGGCCAUGGAGGAUGGACAGCGAUUGGUUAAGGGCUUGGUUUAUGCUCAAAACAUCUCGCCAUUCCGCGAGCAACAGACAGCGGAAGAAAAAGAAACACUGGAAGGCCUGCGUCGGAGGGUUGAUGCAAUUGCUGUUCAGAAGCUUGAAGAAGUCCUGGAGUUCGCCAAGAGCUCAAACGAAUUCAUCACAGCAGCUGCUUCAGCAGCCAUGGAGCACGUGCCAGAGACGCUGACAUGGGUGCAAUGGGACACAACUCCAUGUUUUCAUGCGCAAGAUCAGCAAGGGCGCUUGUAUAGCAUCAAUCUUCUGAGAGGUAUUGUGCUCUUAGACGGGUCUCCACCCCGGCGCAUCCCUUCGACCAUUCUUCAACACGGCCUCUUCCAACGCUGCUUUGGCGAUGCUGUCUUCGAGGUCAGUAUGGACAGGUCUGGAACUUUCAAGACAUCGAGGCCUGUGGACGGAUGUUUCUAUGAGUUCCAAGAGCUGUCAGGUGGCCAGUUGCGCAUCUCAGAGUUGAAAGAUGGCCGAUCACUCCAUCUGGUGCCCGCAGAAUGCCUGGAAAGGGAAUUUCCCAAGCGCUUGGUCGAGCUCCACAGCCACUGGAGGGACGAGGAAUCGAAUGUCAUCUUGUUUCGUCCAGUCUUCUUCCGUGAGAGAUCGACUCAUUUCCUGUAUGUGCCUCAGCAAGACGGUACCUGUGGUGUGUGCCGCCAGAUUCCCGACCACUUGAGAGCAGAAGGUCUUGAUGAGUUGCUGACACAUGAAGACAUUGUGCACCAACUUGUUUGUGAAGAAGCUGAAGUGGUGGAUAUCCUUCACAAAUUCGAAGACCGAGCCUUCAUCCAUCAAUACAUCAACUGCGCAGCCCACAGUCAUGAUGAGAACGAAAUUGAACAGCUAGAGCUUCCACGUGUGAACAUGGCCUUUACCUGGCAAGGUGGCAAAUGGAUGUCGCGAGACUAUCGUGGCUAUUGCUUGGCGGAUAAUCAGAAGAUGAGAGACACUUUGAUCGACUUUGAUUCCUAUUUGGUCUUGAAGAAGGUGGAUCCAAAUGAUCUUGCGAUUCCGGCAGUGAAGAUCAUCGUCAAGGAUGCCGAUGUAAGGGAAGGAGUACCUGUGUCACUUGUGAGCGAUUCGUAUUGUGGCUCUGAACAAGCUACUGUUUGCUUUGAUGUGCACGAGAGAUUCAAGCAUCUUGUGGCAGAGACUGUGCAGUCCAGACUUCUACUGGCCAGCCUCUAUGCAGGGACAGAUUGUGGAUUGCCUGACCCGCGCUUGGGAGUGACGGGCAUGGAAGCAGCUGUGGAUUUGGUUCGACAGUCAUGGGUAAAUCGGCCGUUGUCGAAGCUGGAAAUGCAAAGAUUGCUCGGAACCCUUCAGUUUUCUUCACGUGCUCCACUGGCCUUGGACCUUCUUUGUCGGGACUUGCUUCGUGCAUCCUGCCAGCUUGCACAUCUACAUGGCUUGCCGGCAGAAUAUCCCAAGGAGGCAAGGCAUGACAACCAAUCCUUGGUCAAUGCUGCCUAUUUCAAGGAAGCUCAAAGCACUGGGUGCUCUUUCCAGGAGCAAAAUGUUCGCAGGUUAUUGACGGCUGAUGAGGAGCAUCGCUACUUUGGCCGAGUAAGAGGAGGUGGAAGGGAAGUAUUGCGCAGCAAGUUUGCGCUGGACGUUGAAGAGCCGCCAGUAUCAUCCAGAUACGUGGACAAUGCCGAGAAGGAGCUGCAGAAUUAUGUGGAGAAGUUGCUGCCGAAAGACCCGCCGCCCUUUCCAUUGGAAGGUAACUUUUCGUCCCCGAUCGGCAAAGAGAUGAUGGAGGUGGAAGUGUGGGAAGCGAAGUUGGAGGAUGCAAGAUCUUGUCGUCAGCACAUGUACGACUAUCUUGUUGAUGCAUUGCAGCUCUUUCCUGUGGAUAAAGGGGCAUCUGAGUCCAAUAUCUUCCGAUUGCGCAUGGCAUCAAAUAUGGCGCCACAGGUGACGCAACGAGAUUUUUUGCAAGCAGCUCUUGAUCCAGAAGCUCUUCGAAAGUUCAAUCCCUUUCUGUCAUCAGAGGCAGUGCAAAAGCUGCACAAAAGUGUUCUGCUGCUGUUGAAACUGUACGUGCUGGAGGAUGUUUGCAAUGUCACAGACAUGUUUCAUCAGAUUGGAGCAGACUUGUUGGAAGCCAAGGCCAAGGGGAAGGUCCACCCCUUGCUGCUGCAAGAGCUACUUGUGACCCGAGCCUGGGAGGUAGAGGAUCACCCAGAGUGGUUGGUCUUUGAAGUUGAAGAAGGACUGCAGAUUCGUCCGGUGCAGUAUGAAGUUGCGAAAAAGCUCAUUGACGAUCCUGGAUGCGUGGUCCAGCUGAAUAUGGGCGAAGGCAAAACCCGUGUGAUUUUGCCGAUGCUCAUCUUGCACUGGGCUGGUAAGGCAGACCAGAGAUUGCUGAGAAUCACUGCUUUGACUUCCUUGAUCCAUGAACUUUUCGACUUUCUACAUAGUCAUUUGUGCGCUCCCGUGCUGCGGCGGAAGAUCUUCUCACUUCCAUUUCACCGCGAUGUGCACCUCACAGAGGAAGAUGUGAAGGUGAUGAUUUCCUCCAUGAAAUUUUGCAGCCAGAGUGGAGGUGUUCUGCUGGUGGCUCCAGAGCACCGCUUGUCCUUGCAACUCAAAUGGCAUGAACUAAACUUGGCAGGGGAAACGACGUUGUGUGAUUUGCUCGAUCAAUUUUUCGCCUUGCCUUCCCGUGAUUGUUUGGAUGAAAGUGACGAAGUCCUUCGUCACAAAUACCAGCUGAUCUAUGCUGUUGGCAGCCCCAUUCCACUUCCAGAAGGCCCUGACAGAUGGAAUGUGGCAACAGCGUUGCUGAGGGUUUUGCAAGACUCCCAACGGCUGAGGAGCCUUCUGUCCGCAACAUCCGUGAUGGAACACUCUGACUGUGAAGCUUUCAAGGGUCUUCGCCUCAUUCCUGGUGAUGAAUUGCAUGCAAUCAUGCCACGAGUACGACUCACAAUCCUGGAAGAUUUGAUGGAAGAUCCCCCGUACGACUUUGCCUGGUUGAAAAAAAUUAGAGGCAACAGCUCUGUCAUCAGAUUUUUGGCAUCUCCUGAGGCAGAUGGCAAAAUUCUUCAGGGCAUUCCCCAAGAUCGUCUGACUGUGAUGCUGGCUUUGAGAGGGUUCUUGGCAUGUUCCGUCUUGGAGCAUUGCUUGACAAAGAGACACUCAGUGGAGUAUGGCAUUCGGAGAAGCCAUGGGAAGCGCUUGGCAGUGCCAUACAGAGCGAGCAACACUCCAUCAGAGCGAUCUGAGUUUGGACACCCCGAUUGUGCCAUCCUUCUGACUCUGCUGUCGUAUUUUUACGACGGCCUCAGCCAGUCAGAGCUGCGACAAGCUUUUGAGGCACUGCUGGCUUGUGAUGAGUCCGUCCAACAAAGCCACUACAAACUGCUUGCGAACGCGUGGCACCUGGCCGACAAUCGAGACGGUCUCGUUGGGGGCUUUUCUGGCACUGACGACAAUCAUCGUGCACUUCCUCUGCAAGUGAAGCAAACGAACCUCGCCAAGCUGUCCGGAACUAAUGGCAAGAUGGUGAAGAUCAUCCUGGACAACCCCAAUUUCCAAAGCCUGGAAGUUGGAGAAAAUGGCAACCUGCAUUGGAAGCAAGUGCUGCAGGCGGCUGCUUCAGGAGGUGUAGCUGCUUUGAUUGAUUGUGGAGCUCUGACCGCCGGCGCCAGCAAUGCCAAGAUUGCUCAUGAACUUCUUGAGCUACUACAGCAAGGAAGGAUGUUCAGUGGUGUGACCUACUUUGACACAUCCAAGAAAGAUUGGAUGAUUUUGGACUAUCACGGGCGUUGCCUCCCAAAACGGUCUUCGCCGGCCCGAGAGUCAGAGUGCUUUGCUUUCUUUGAUGAAGCAAGAUCGCGCGGAGCGGACUUGAAGCUGGCAAUGACAGCGAGAGCCAUGGUGACCGUCGGGCCCAAGUGUGGCAAGGACAAGUUGAUGCAAGCAGUGGGACGAAUGCGACAGCUGGGCAAAGGUCAAACCCUGGAAUUCAUCAGCUCCCCGGAGGUUACCAAAAAGAUUCAAGAUCUGACGAUGCGUGAGCUUAGCCAGGUGAGUGGAAUGUCUGGUGGACCACACGAGAUCACAUCAAAGCACCUCCUUGAAUGGGUGAUGGCCAAUACUGUGCAGGCUGCAGAAGAGUCAUUGACCGAGUGGGCGAGGCAGGGUCUUCUCUUCACCACAACUCAUGCAAGCCCGGAACUGGCCGUGUUGGAUGAAACUGUUGAGCUUAAAUUCUUCUACGGAGAAGCCUUGGUGUCUCGAGAGGUUCCAGAGGUGAUCAGGCAAGAAAUGAACUUGUACGCACAGAGGGCUGGUCGGAGUCGGAGCCUUCGCAACGUGGACCACGAGCUUCUCGCUGAGAUCACACGCCGUUCAAAGCGAUACGGAGCCGGAGUUCACGUCACAGCCAACGUCCUCGACGAAGAGUAUGAGCGUGAGCUGGAAGUGGAGAAAGAAGUGGAGAAAGAAGUAGAGAAGCAGUUGCCCAGUGUCCAGCCAAGGCCCGAGGAUGAUUGGAACACGUCCAAGCUGCCGGUUUCAAAGAGCAUCAAAGAUUUGGGCAUCAAAGUGGUCACUUUGCCGACAAUGCUCGCUUCCACAGUCUCGUUGAAAGGAAUCAAAGCUUGGCCGGACUCGGCAGUAUUUGCCACAGAGAACUUUUAUCGGACAGUCCUGGGACACAGAAAUCUCAACUUGGACGACUACUUGCGACCUGUGGAUGCAAUCGUUCUAUUCCCAGCUUCAGGGGAAAUCCUGCUCCUGUCAGAAAGGGAAGCAGAUCUGGCCCUGGAUGCAUUUUGGAAUUCCAAGCCGGCCCAGCCCCAUUCUUCCAAGAAAAGAUUGUUGAAGGGGAAGGGAAGGGGCACGGCCAACUCUGCUUCGCAGAAUUUCCUAGUCAAUUGGGUGCUGUGGCGGAACAGCUUCUUGUCGAAACCGCCGGGUUUGCUUCCUACAGAAGGAGCAGGUCACCCUGCUGUCCUUCAGGAUGCAUCCAGAUUGGUGUCCAUCCAGGCGUUUAUGGGUGACACGCAAUACAAAGAAGAGGCUCAGAAGAAGGCGCUCCAAGAUCUUGUGACUUUUGUUGAAAGAAGCUGUGGCGAUGCAAGGGCCGUCAAAGAGCUUGUGAGCGUGAGAGGAAUGAUGUAUCGCUUUGAAAGAAGUGACCUUGCAUGGAAUCUCAAUUCCAGGUAG